AUGGCCAUCACGCCCGGACAAGCCCCGCUUGAGGCAGAUACUACCGGCGACAAAGGCCAGCACGCCCAUAGCAACGGUUCUGUGCCCCUGCCCCUUGAGAAGCCGUUGGCAGAACAAGUCGAGCACAAUCCCAAAUGGGUGGUCAUGGAAGACCACGUGCUCUGGAAACCACAGAAGAAGGUCAAAGUGAUCAGUAUCGGGUGUGGUUUCAGCGGCUUGACCUUGGCCCACAAGAUCCAACACAAGUACAAGCUCGAUGACCGGAUCGAGCAUACUCUCUACGAGAAGAACAGUGAUGUGGGAGGAACUUGGUUUGAAAACCGGUACCCUGGUGUGCUGUGCGACGUUCCGGCCCAUAUCUACACGCUCCUGGAUGUCCCCAACACCGAAUGGCCGGCAUUCUACGCCAAGGGAGGCGACAUCGAGGACUAUCUCCGGAAAAUCACCAAGGAGCACAAUCUCGAUCGGGACGUGGUCUACAACUCGAAGGUGACUUCGGCCAUCUGGAACGAGGACGAGGGGCUCUGGCAUGUGACGGUCCAGCAAGGGGACAAGACGAUCCAUGACACUUGUCAGAUCCUGAUCAACGGAUCUGGAGUCCUCAAUGCCUGGUCAUGGCCGGACAUCAAAGGCCUCUCGUCCUUCAAGGGCGAUCUCCUACAUUCAGCCGACUAUGCCGAGUGGGCCAAGAAGCCCGUGUUCGAUGGGAAGCGUGUGGCAGUCAUUGGGAACGGCUCGUCCGCCAUCCAGAUCGUCCCCGAGCUGGCCAGUGUGGCUUCUCACCUCUACAACAUUGUGCGCUCGCCCACUUGGAUCUCUGCCCCGUUUGUGGAAGAGUUGUCGGGUGCCCCCGGGACCAAUCCUCAGUACACGGAAGAACAGAAGGAGGCGUUCCGCAAGGACCCUCAGAAGCACACCAAAUACAGACACGAUCUGGCACAUGCGUUUAACCACUUCUACGAAGCGCUGAUCGAGGGCUCCGCGGCCAACCAGGAGGCUCAACGACGCACAAAAGCCCUGAUGGAGUCGCGCAUCGGUGAUCGGCCCGAGCUUGCGGAGCUCCUGAUCCCCAAAUGGAGUCUUGGAUGCCGUCGGCUGACCCCCGGAAACGGGUAUCUCGAAGCAAUCUGUUCCCCCAAGGUCGAUCUGGUCGUGGGGAAUAUUGACACGGUCACUGAAACAGGCAUCACCAUGCAGGACGGGAAGCAGCUGGAACUUGAUGCCAUAAUUUGCGCGACCGGAUUCGAUGUCUCCUUUAAACCCAGGUGGGUUCAAGAAGGCCGUGAUGGCCGAUCACUGGCCAAGGAAUGGGAAGUCGAUGCCCAAGGAUAUCUCUCCCUUUGUGUCAGCGGUCAACCGAACUACUUUAUCUACAAUGGACCGUGCGGUCCCGUUGGCCACGGCAGUUUAUCUUCAGCCAUUGAUUGGGAGGCCGAAUACAUACUGAAAUGGGUCAACAAGGUUGCGCAGGAGGGCAUCAAAUCAUUCAACGUCAAGCAAGACGUCCAGGACGAAUGGAACAUCUACGGCGACGAGGUCCUCAAGCGCACCGUCUGGACCAGCGGGUGCAAGAGCUGGUACAAGAACGACCUGGGCCGCAUCUUUGCCCUGUAUCCCGGCUCGAUCCUACAUUUCAAGGAUCUGAUCGAAAACAUCCGCGCCGAGGACUUUGACAUCACCUACCAGAACAAAAAGAACCGUUGGGGCUUUUGUGGCAACGGGUUUACUCAGUUGGAAAUCGACGGGGGAGAUCUCGCGUACUAUAUCAAGUGA